GUCAGAAAAGGAAUUCUCCAAAGAAAAAAAUUUUGAAUUGAUGAAUACUGGAUAGGAAGAUCAUGUGCAUGUGUGUGGGUGCUCUCUUUAAGGGGACGGUCUAUCAUUUGACAGCUUUACUGAAGCUGUAUGGUCUGCUGUCCCUUGGAAAGGGCUGGGAGGGUGGAGAGGGUGGAGAGAACUGCAGUUCUGAGCACUGAGCAGCUGCCAAGUGAGCUCUUCAUGAAAUAAAGUACAGACAAGAUUUUCUGCAAGACUAGGAACUUGGACCUGUUACCUUUUCAUCUACCCAGGAAACUAGACAGUGCUACCAAGGACAAGGGAGGGCAGUGACACUGAAUGAAUGUGAAGACCCUGGAAGAUAAGAUGUACUGAGCAGCAGGGACUUGGGAGAAGCUUUAAGCUGCUAAAGAUGGAAAAUAAAACAGGAGGUGAACUGAACCAGACACAACUUCAGGCCCGAGCAUUGGUAUCCUUAGAAUACCAAGUGGUCACUAUCCUCUUAGUUCUCAUCAUUUGUGGAUUGGGCAUCAUAGGCAAUGUCAUGGUGGUCCUUGUGGUAAUGAGAACCAAACAUAUGAGGACCCCAACUAACUGUUACCUGGUGAGCCUAGCCAUAGCUGAUCUUAUGGUGUUGGUGGCUGCAGGUCUCCCCAACAUCACUGACAGUAUCUAUGGUUCCUGGGUCUAUGGCUAUGUAGGAUGUCUCUGUAUUACCUAUCUCCAGUACUUGGGCAUUAAUGCUUCUUCUUGCUCCAUCACAGCAUUUACAAUUGAGAGAUACAUAGCCAUCUGUCACCCCAUCAAGGCCCAAUUCCUCUGUACCUUUUCAAGAGCUAAAAAGAUCAUUAUCUUUGUGUGGGCUUUCACCUCCAUUUAUUGCAUGCUUUGGUUUUUCUUGUUGGACCUCAAUAUGGUCACAUACAAAGACGCCACUGUAGUAUCUUGUGGCUACAAAGUAUCUAGGAAUUACUAUUCACCUAUUUAUUUGAUGGACUUUGGCAUAUUCUAUGUUGUACCAAUGAUUCUGGCCACUGUCCUCUAUGGACUCAUAGCUAGGAUACUAUUCUUGAAUCCCAUUCCUUCAGAUCCUAAAGAAAGCUCUAAUGCAUGGAGAAAUGAUCCAGCUUAUCAGAAGAAGAAUCUGAAUGCUAAGACAGCUAGCAGAUGUUUCAAUAGCACCAUUUCUUCCCGGAAGCAGGUUACCAAGAUGCUGGCAGUGGUUGUGAUUCUAUUCGCUCUUUUAUGGAUGCCAUACAGGACCCUCGUUGUAGUCAACUCAUUCCUAUCCAGCCCUUUCCAAGAAAAUUGGUUCUUGCUGUUCUGCAGAAUUUGCAUUUAUCUCAACAGUGCCAUCAAUCCAGUGAUUUACAACCUCAUGUCCCAGAAAUUUCGUGCUGCCUUCAGGAAACUCUGCAACUGCAAAAAGAAGUCUUCAGAGAAACCGGUCAACUACAGUGUGGCCCUGAACUACAGUGUCAUCAAGGAGUCUAGCCACUUCAACACAGAACUUGAAGAUAUCACAGUCUCAGACACUUAUCUGGCCACUACCAAAGUGUCCUUUGAUGAUACAUGUUUAUCUUCUGAGGUAACAUUUAGCUGAACUUGAGUCAGAAUCUGAAACAUGAUGGAUCACAAAGUGGAGGAGGCUUUUGGACCAUAAUGAGAGGAGAAGAAAAACUGCCAUUUUGUUGGCUAUAUGUAAAGUGGACCAAAAAAAGAUUUUCUCUAGGUUCUUUUGUCUCCCUUGACUUUGUUGCCCAUCAGUUGUCCAGGAGAGGAAUUCAGAUCUUUCCCUUAAUAAAAUUAUCAUCCAGGAAAAAAAAAUGAAGCUAAUCAGAGAAAUACUUUGGUUAUAGCCAAUCAGGAAAAAAAAAACUUCUUUAAAUUAAUUUAAUCAAUUCACCUUAUUUUUUAGAACUCAGUAACUGAGUACAGGCUCUAUGAGUUUUAGCCUCCUUACUUCUCCAAAAGACUGACUACAUUAUGCAUCCAAAUGACUUUAAUGCUUAAAGUAUUUUCCAUAGACUUAUUAAAAAUGUUAAUUAAAAAUUUGUUUCUUUAAUAUUUCACUGUCCACUUAUAACAUUCAGAUUCCUCCUUGCUAAUGUAUUGUUAUUAAACUUUAAUGUAAAAUGCAUCUCAACUAUUUCCAAAAUUGUGCAUUUAAUUACUAAUGAGAUUUAUUUUUUGAAACUAAAGUCAGUUUCUUCCAACUAUUUUAGCCUUUCAUAAAUAAUGACUGGAUAAAAUAUAAGAAAUAUGUUCAAGGAAAAACUUUUGGGAUAUUCUUAGGUAUAAACUAUUGAGUCAUAUAAAAAAAAAACUCACUUCAAAAUGUAAAUCAUUUGUAAAAAUUUAAUUAAUUUCCAGGCUGCCAAAAUUCAGCUUCCAAAUAUGAGCUACCCACAGAAUAGUCUUGAGUCUGAAUAUAAAUUUUUUUCAAUAACAUUUCCCAUCGAAUAUACUUUUCAUUAUUUUUAGAUUCAACUUCUCUAGAGGUCAGAAAUAUAUUGUUACACAUGGACUUUUUAGAAACUGCACAAUUUCUGUAGACUCUAUACUUCCUCAGAAUUUAGGCAAACUCUUCAAUAUCAUUAUUAAGAUAUGUUCAAUAUAUGGCUAAUUCUCUCUCUUCUCAUGAACCAUUAAACAUGUUUGAAUAUGAAUAUGUCAGAACAUUUUGUCAAAGCCAUGCCUUGAAGGCAUUCAUGUUAAUUCUUGCCCUGCCAUUUGGUAGAUUGUAUAUUUGCACUCACUGAAUCACCAUCAACCAGAUCUUUCUCGUACAGCUGUUCUUUGUGAGUAAGUUAAGAACUCAGCAAGGAAGUCUCAAAAGCUAGACUCUUCCAAGCCAUUUUCUGAUGACAAAUUUAAGAGAUGCCAAGCACUAGAAGUACCAUAUUGUCUGGCAAAAGUCCUCUCCAACUGCCUUUCUGGGCCCUGAAUUAAUUCUAGAAUCUCAAUCUCUUUUCUUUAUUGUGGAGUCAAAUGUAUUGCUCCUAGUUUUGAAUCUUUCUUUACGAUGAUUUUACCUCUGGAAGUCCCUUCCAGCACUUGCUUUUGUAAAAUAGACAAUUGCUUAAAAAGGGGAGAGAAACAAAAAGCAGAGUGACAUCAAAUUCUUCAUUAUUAGGUCCUUCACUAGAUUCUUGAAGUAGCAUGUUACAGUGAAAAUAAUCCUUACUGCCUUGUGAAUCAGACAAACUGCUCAAAUUCCAAUUCUAUCUCUUACUUCUUUUGUGGUCUUUGAUAAAUCAUUUAACCACUACCCCUAGAUCUCAGUUUCCUUACUUUUAAAAUGAAAGAGUUGGACUUGAUGGCUUUUACGGUCUCUUCUAGCUCUGAGCCUGUGAUAUUUAAUUCUCUGAUUGAAUUAGAUUAAGCUAAUGCUAUUUUCGCAGAAAAAGUAAAAUUGUGAGAGUAAGGUUAAAUGAAAACAUAGCAUUGUGUAAAACCUAUUAGACUCACGAUCAGGAAAUAUCUGGAUUUAACUCUUAUCUCCAGUACUUCUUUCACUUGUGUGGUGGUGGGGAACUUAAUCUCCCAAAGCCUCAGCUUCUUCAUUUAUAAAAAGUGGAUAAUCAUAGAUGCUAUUCCUUAUCUCAUAGGUACACUGUGGGUUUCAGAUAAAAUCAUAAUGGACAGUGCUUUAAGAUUAAAGAGCUAUAGAGACCCUUUUAUUAAAUAGGUAUUCAGGAUUUGUAGUGAAAACUUCUAAGAUCCUAAGAUAAAAUUAGGGGGUUUUUUUGUUUUUUUUUAAGUAUCCUUGGCUUAGAAAAAUGGUCCUAUAAAGUAACAAAUGGCCAAAUUUUCAUUUUAUUGUACAUUAAAAAAAAAACCUU